AAGGCGUGGUCGAAUGCUACGGAGAUGGUUCAGACAUACAGCGACGAGAUGAUAAAGCGAUGGAAGGAGGAAAUCGACACCUACCUCGUAUUCGCGGGUCUCUUUUCGGCCGUCCUCACCACGUUCAACGUGCAAUCGUACCUUCUCCUCCAGCCCGCUGCCCCUGAUCCCUCCAUCGCUGUGCUGCAGCAGAUCUCCUCGCAGCUCGCGAGCUACUCAAUCCACCCUCCAUUCGUGAACUCGACGCAGCCUUCGAGUACAACCCGCGCAAACGCGAGCACCGCUCCUCCUGUCCCGCGCUGGGCCGUGUGGCUUAAUGCGCUGUGGUUCUCCGGCCUCAUCCUCAGCCUGUCCUCCGCGUCUGUGGGCAUCAUGGUCAAGCAGUGGCUCAACGAAUAUAGCAGCGGUGUCUCUGGGACCUCCCGUCCUGUUGCUCGUGUGCGCCAAUAUCGCCUGAACAAUAUUCGGACGUGGCGCGUCGAGGACAUCAUCGGUGCCAUCCCC